UCUGCUUUUCUCUGCCGACCGACCCGGUACCCGCCACUUGUCCUCAGAGUGUGGACCAUAACGUCGCAUUCGCAUUCUCCGAAGGCGUCCCUGAAAACCCUACCAAAAGAAAAGUUUUAUAAAAACUAAGAAUGUUAUUCAUCUCGCUCACCGCUUUGGUUGCGGUGUUGGCCGUUAGCAAAGCGGAACCCACCCCGAAUACCAAAGAAGGUCCCAUAGCGGAUCUGCCAGAGAAUUGGGACCAAACUAAAGACGAUACUCAAUCAUUGUUUCUCAAUAAGAGUGACAAAAAUGACCUCGAGCCAUAUCCUCUUGCAUUGAGCGAAGAAGGCAAUUCUGAUGGAUAUGAACCCGUAAUGGAACAACGUUACGGAGAAUCCCCCCAGUCACACGGCGAGUUAGACAACCUCAUCAUGAGACCAGAAUUGUAUGGUGAGCCGCCUGCUAUGGAAGGUUUAUCAAGCGGAUACGAAUCUCGACGAAAGAAGCGAGGAAGUGGGACCAAAGUGGGUGGGGCUGGAGCUGCUACAAAGGUCGCUACAAAGUCAGGUUCUGGCAAGAAAAAUCUGAAAGCUGAUGACGCACCUACACCUGUGGAUUCUGUCAGCUUUGAUAACAAUAACAACCGACAAAAACGUGGCAGCGGCACCAAAGUAGGUGGUGCAGCAGCCUCCGCUAAAACUGCCACAAAAAAUUCCGGUGGCAACAAAAAGAAUUUCCGACCAAUAUCCGAGCGUCGUAAGAGGGAUUCGGGGCUUAGUGCUGCUGAAGUUAGAGCUCUUCUCAAUCUGUGGGAAGCCCAGGAACGCAGGAAACAAGAGUGGAACGCCAACCAAUGGGCUGACCGUUACUACGGCCACGUGAACACCUUAGUUGAAGAUCAGCCCGAUGUAGAAGAAGGCGUCUGGUAUAACGAUCCCAUGGUGAUGGGCCCCCGUGACCGAGAUUAUCCUCGUCACUCAUACUUUUCAGAACAAAAUCGCUUGGCUCUAGCUCACGGUUUGCCCGAAAUCUACCAAGUAGAUCCUAACGAACUAGCACAAAGGUACGAGGAAGCCCGUCGUAAGAGAAUGUAUGCUAACAAGGUAAAACGAUUCAUGGUUGCAAGGAAACGCUCGGAUAUGCACCAGAAUAACUACCGACCCCGCGAUGAUCUAUACACGUUGGCAGAACUCCUGCGCUCAUCGCCUCGCGUGCAAGAACAGGACAUACCAGUAUACCGUCGUCUGAUCCUUUAAAUCCGUUUAUAAACACGGUGUCCAAAACAAAACUGUAAGACAUUACCACAUUCUAUAAUAGUAAAACUAUUUCUUCUAAAUAUGAUAAAAAAAAAAAAGUUUCGAUAUCGCACAUUAUCGAACAUAUUCACAGCAUUUAAAAAAUGGAGAUCGUCUUGCAUUUAAUUAGUGUUUAGAGUAUAGCUAUUUAAUCUAACUUUAAUAACAGUAGCAUAAAUAUUUACAUUCAUUUUAACAAUGGCCUAGAGGACAAAUACCUGUUUUAACUAAUAUAUAUAUAUUUUAAUUUUAUUACAAUCUACAAAUCUUUACUGUUUCUACCUCGGUUAAUCGCAUAUCUUUUAAAUUUACGACGUAAUUUUAUUUUUGUUAAGAAAAAAAUCAUAAUAAUUUCAAAUAUGUAUUGCAUAGUGAUGUAAAACUUCACAUUUUAUAGCGAAUUAUGUAUAAAAUAUAUAAAUUGCUGUAUUAAACUAGCAUUAUAUUAUAA